AAUCGUCGUCAUCAGCUCCCUUUUAAGGAGUACAUAUAUUGCUCUCUACAGUCACGAGACUAACUGGAGAAACGAGACACUCCCAUUGAAUCUUUCUUUGUCCUUUUUCUAUCCACGGGUUCUGUACAACAAGAAUGUAGCAUAUUUAACCCUCGUAACUGUGUACACCCACCAAACCUUCCAUUUUUCGCCCUUUUUUUGUCAUGCAUGGAUUCAUCUCAUUCACAUUCUCAAGAGAUAAUAAGCAAAGAGAAGUUCGAAAGUUGUGGGUCAGUUCUUGAUCCAGUAAGAGCUGGGUUAGCUCCAGUUGAUGUGAAUCUUUCCCAGGAUGUUUUACAGCGAAGUGGGGUUUACUUGACGUGGGAGGAGCUUUGGGUGACUGUUUCAACAGGAAAAAGAGACGGGGCGAAAUCAAUUCUUCGGGGACUUACUGGCUACGCCUGUCCUGGUGAGGUCCUAGCGAUUAUGGGUCCUUCUGGUUGCGGCAAAUCCACUCUUCUCGACGCAUUGGCAGGAAGGCUGAGUUCAAGAACAAGGCAGAAAGGGGAAAUCCUGAUAAAUGGUCAGAAACAAAAGCUCGCCUAUGGAACUUCGGCCUAUGUGACGCAAGAGGACACCCUAACAUGGACAUUAACGGUUAGAGAAGCCGUUUACUACUCAGCUCAGCUACAAUUACCCAUAACAAUGUCGAAAUUCGAGAAAAGGGAAAUUGCGGAAAGGACCAUAAGGGAGAUGGGACUGCAGGAUUCGAUGGAUACUAGAAUCGGAGAAUGGGGAAGAAAGGGUCUUAGUGGUGGGCAGAAGAGAAGAGUGAGCAUUUGCACAGAGCUUCUAAAGCGCCCGAAGCUUCUUUUUCUUGACGAACCGACAAGUGGGCUUGACAGUGCAGCUUCAUACUUUGUCAUGAACAGAAUAGUGAAACUAGCCCGCGAAUAUGGAAUGACGGUUAUAUUGUCCAUUCAUCAGCCGACUAGUGAAGUUUUCCAGCUCCUUCACAAUCUUUGCCUCCUCUCAUCAGGAAGAAUGAUAUAUUUUGGUCCCUCAUGGUUAGCCAAUCAGUUCUUUGCAGUGAAUGGCUAUGCGUGUCCACCUCUACAAAAUCCAGCUGAUCACUGUCUUAAAAUGAUAAAUACUGAUUUCGAUGAGGACAUUGAGCAGGGCACUGGAAGCAAAUUCACUGUAGAGGAAGUAAUUGAUCUGCUCAUAGCAUCUUAUAAUUCGUCCGAUACUUGUAAGAAGAUGAAGACAUUAGUGGCUGAAAUACAUAAACGUGAAGGAGGCCCAACUGAGAAGAAGGCUAGUCAAGCUAACUUGUUGACACAAUGCCUCAUUCUCACAAAGCGGUCGUUUGUUAACAUGUAUCGUGAUCUGGGCUACUAUUGGUUACGGCUAGCCAUUUAUGUCGCCUUGGGUUUUGGCCUAGGAAGUGUUUUUUAUAAUGUAGGUAGUAGCUAUAACUCCAUUCAUGAAAGAGGUUCAUUGCUCAUGUUUAUAGCUUCACUGUUGACUAUAAUGGCAAUUGGCGGCUUCCCUUCAUUUGUAGAGGACUUGAAGGUUUUUCGACGUGAAAGACUCAACGGUCACUAUGGGGCUGCAGCAUUCGUUGUCGCCCACACAGUCUCCUCGACACCAUUUCUGCUACUCAUCUCAGCGAUCCCCGGUGCAAUCACUUACUUCCUCUCCGGCCUUCAUCCAGGAAACAUAGAAUUUAUGUACUUCACUUUAGUGCUCCUUGCAUGCAUGAUGCUGGUCGAGAGCCUAAUGAUGAUCGUUGCAACAAUCAUGCCAAAUUUCCUUCUGGGGCUAAUAGUUGGAGCCGGCAUUCAAGGUCUAAUGAUGCUAAGCGGAGGAUUCUUCCAGUUGCCAAAGGACCUACCCACGCUUUUCUGGAAGUACCCAAUGUACUACGUCGCCUUCCACAAGUAUGCCUACCAGGGAUUGUACAAGAACGAAUUUGAAGGCCGACGUUUUCGUAACGAUCAACUAGGAGGGCCAUCGACAAUUGAGGGUGAGACCAUCUUGAGGGAUAUAUGGCAGGUGGAGAUGGGGUAUUCCAAGUGGACUGAUCUUGCUGUUUUGUUUGGGAUGGUGGUUGUUUAUAGAGUUCUUUUCUUUGUUACAGUGAAGAUUGAUGAAAAGAUGAACAGUGUACUUGCUAAGAUUGUUAAGAACAUAUCAGCCUUUCACUAAGGCGAAGAAAUGAGAUGUACAUGAUAUUGGAUUGAUUAUUCAUCUUAUUUU